AUGCUGUCCACUAAUAGCGAUGAAACGCUCAAGCACCUCCGAGAUGCAUCAAUUGGUUUCGAUCAUCUCUUCUCAAACGAUCUCGAAAAGGCUAGGGAGAUCUUUGCUACGGGGAGCUCACCUUUCCAUGCACUCGGUCUCGGUGUAUGCGCAUUUCUAGAGGCUGCUUUGGGAAUGGAGACAGGUUUGCUGGUUGAGGCAGCUCGCUGCCUCGCACUCUCAGAGGCGGGUUCAAAGAAGCAGUUCAAGUCGUCCAAGGGGUCCGGGUCAAACACACAAUUUCCUCCGGGUAUCGAGUGGGAACUGCUGCAUUCUGACGCCAUCAUCCUUCUUGGUUUAAACCAUGCGCUAAGUGAGUCAUACAUGGGUUACCUUCAAUGUUUUGCGCAUUCCAAGUAUUCAAGACUGUAUAAGGCGGUGUACCCUGCCGGCCUGUACGAGUAUACCACACCAGGAAGUUCGCCAUCGCCGAGCGUAUACUCCUCCGCCUCAUCCACGUCAGUGUCAACGUUCACGGGUUCGACCCCCAAUACUCCGAAGAGCCCGGCAAAGUCUACCUUCUUUGGCCGGUGGGGAAAGUCCAGCUUGUCGGUUCCGUCGACGGCGAGUGUCGUGAUUGCCGAGGAGGGAUCGGUAGACGAGCUCAUUCUGUCUGGGACGGCGUUUGGUUUUGGGCUCUUCAACCUCGUUUUCUCCCUUCUACCAGCUAAGAUCAGAGGAGUUGUCGGCUUCCUCGGAUUCAACCAUGAUCGGAAGCUGGCGCUGCAAGCCCUCGCGGUAUCCGCGAGAAGAACAGAUGCUCAUUCUGUCUUUGCAGGGCUCGCUCUUAUGACGUACCAUGGUGUCGUCUUACUCCUUGCGGGCUAUCAAGCGGACGAAGCGCACAUCAUCAAGCAAUACCGCGCAAUUGUUGAAAACAUCGCCUCUCGCUAUCCCAACGGCUCCCUCUGGAUCCUGAACAGGGCAAAAAUUCUGCGGAUGACGUACGACCCCGAAGGCGCGAUUGCUAUCCUACAAGAGGGUCUGCAGCCGAAUCGGCCGCAUACCUUCUCGCAAGCCGAUGGACUGCUCAUCUUCGAAUUGGCGUGGACAUUGCUAUCGCAGCGGCGGUAUAAGGAAGCUGCGGAGAUGUUUAUCCGCAUGACGAAGGUUAACAGCUGGAGCCACGGAACAUACUAUUUCAUCGCUGCAGGAUGCUAUGUUUCGCUGAAAGACUACGAUAAGGCCCAGGAGCUUUUGGACGAAAUUCCAGUGCUGCUCGAGAAGAAGAAGAUCACUGGAAAAGACUUGCCUACAGAGGUGUUCAUCAAGAAGAAGCUGGCGUUCUACCGCGAGAAGCAGAAGCGGUGGACAGGAUCCGAAGAACACUUUGCGCGGUGCAUCAGGGUCAGCCCCGCCGAAGAACUUGGAAUCUUUUGGAACACGCACGCGCGCAUUCUGAAGGAGACCGCAGAAGCACACAUCGCGGAGCUCGCCGUGCUCGUACCCCACCCCACCAUCACGAGCCCAUACGUCACUGCCCCCACAUCACCACCAGCAACCGCAGCGUGUGUAGAUAUUGACACGCCGGACGAAUUUGCGAUCCGCUCGCUACUCCUGGGUAUUACUCACCGCACCGCCGGCGCUUACGAGCCUGCACGCGCGUUCCUCUCUGACGCAUACUCACGGCAGUCUUCGAUCAAGGUCAGCACAUGGGUCGGCGGUGUUACGCUGUUCGAGCUCGCGGUGCUCGAGCUGAAGGAGACGGAAGCGCGCACGGAGCGCGACACCGUUACGGAGAUGAUGACGGAAGAGGAGAGCCGGAAGGAGUGGGCGCGCGCGCUCAAGGUCGCGAGCGAGCACCUGGAGGCGGCGCUCGCCCUGGCGACACAGCAGGUGGACCUGUCGUCACGGCUGGACAGUAGAAUUGCGAUGCUGAAGGAUGAGAUCGGGCUGAAGAGGGAGAUGUUGUUUGCCGCAUAG